AUCGGAUCGGCCAACUUUGAAGUCCUAUCGCACGCCCCAUCCCCUCUGCGGCGCAUCCCAACUCAUCAGUCAGUGCGUCCGUCAUGAUUCACACAGGUCGGCAUCCGCACACACACUCACACUGACACUCACCCAUCAUAUAUGUGUAUCUGAGCGUCGAAGUGGAUGCGUGGGCGUGCAGAUCUGGAGACCUACAUCGCCAGCUAUGGCGACCACGGCAAGCUGCACCGACUGCAAUUCAUCGCCCACCGCGGCUCUCCCCGCAUCAAGAGCGAGGCGCUGCACCACCUCCUCACCGUCGCCAAGCGCCUCGACAACGUCAAGAUGUACCAGGAGGCGCACAGCGCACUCAAGGGGCUGCUCGACGAGAACGUGGACCCGAUGCUGGGCAGCCUGCCGCACAUGGAAACCGACUGGGUGAAUGCCACCACCCGCAACAAUGCACAGCAGCAGCAGGUCUUCGAACAGGUGGGGCGAGCAGGAGGAUGCCACGGUGGCUGGUGGGUGUGGGUGAGCAGGAUGGGGGAGUGAUCUGCCUUGUGUGGUGUGGUGUGUGGUUUGGUGCGCAGGACCUUCAUCAGGCGAAAGUGACGCAGAUCAAGGACAGCAUCCGGGUGGGUAGUGGGCAUGACACACACACACAUCACACAUCACACAUCACACAUCACACAUCACACAUCACACACAUCACUCAUCCAUCGCACGCACACACACACUGUCUGGCUGACCGAUCGCCCUCGUUUACGGCUGUCUGGCUGUCUGGCGCCCGAUACGCAAACAAGAGGGCGAAGACCACACUUGCACUCACAGACAGAGAGAGGGAGAUGUCCAUACGCCCAGUCUCACUCACAUGACAUGUGGAUGCAACAUGCUCGUCACACGACCACACACGCGAUGAAUGACUCCCACGUCGUCUGCACGCGCGUGUGUGUGUGGUCAGCUGGCGUUGAUGGCCUCGGCGACCUUCUACUUCCGCCGUGGCAACUAUGAGGUGGGUCGGUGGGUGGGGAGAGGGGGGGAGGGGAGGAGGAGAGGGAGUGUCGCCAUGUAAUGUGUGUGUGGUUUGUGUGUGUUUAGGAGGCGCUGAAGCAUUACUCCAAGAGUCGCGAGUACACUGUCGAGGCGCCCAACGUGCUAGAGGUAGAUACCACAUCCGCCGCAGUGAGAUGGACAACGAUCGUUGUGUGUCGUGUCAUGCAGAUGUGUUUUGCGUCCAUCGAGACGGUGGUGAUGCUGAGCAGAUACACAGACAUCAUAUCCUACGCAGCCAAGGUACACACACACGCAGGGUAAGACGGUGUGCACAUGUUGUGUGUGGCCAAUCCAUUGACAGGCUCAGCACACGCCGUACAAGACUCCGAAGGACAAUGCGCGCGUGACGGCUGCACACGGACUCUACUACCUCAAGCUGCGCAAAUACAAAGACGCUGGUACGUCUGCUGGUGCGUGCGUGGCACGCACACAAGAGCAGCCACCUCAUAACCGGGCAAUGGUGUGUGUUUGUGCCUGUUUGCAGCUGAGUCGUUCCUCGGACUCAAGCCCAACGAGCUCGGCGAAUCGUUCAAAAACGUGAGCACCCCACACCACAGCCACUGCACCACCCUGCCGAGUGAAAGGGAGACCUGCACACAUCCAUCUGUUCGUUGGGUCUGCAAUGGUAUCUGUGUGUGCAGGUGUUGACUGUGCAAGACGUCGCCCUGUAUGGCUCGCUGUGCGCCCUGGCCUCCUACACACGGACGGAGCUCAACGAGAAGGUCCGCUCGUCGAUCGCAAGAUGCAUACGAGGCGAUCCCGCGUAUGUGGGUGAUCUGUGUGUGUGUGCAGAUCGGGGAGAAGUCUGUGUUCCGCGAGACGCUCGACUUCGUCCCCAUCAUCCGGUGAGUCGAUACCACCACGCGCCUCACACCAACACACACUGGCUGGGCGCCUCAUGGUGUGUGUGUGUGCGUGUGUGCGCGUCAUUCGUUCAGAGAUCUGACGUUGGAUUUCUGUCAGUGUCACUACAAGAGAUGCCUCGAAGCGCUCUACAAGAUCAAGGUCCGUCGGUGCUGGUGGGUGGGCGGCAUGUAGCAAGCAACACAUGAGUCCGUGUGGUGUGGUGUGUUGUGUGUUGUGUGUUGAUGCAGCCGAGUGCCGAUUUGGAUGUCUAUUUGUCUGCUCACUGGACGGAGCUCAUUCGCAACAUCCGAGACAAAGCCAUCGUGCAGGUACCAAGGAGAGGUAGCAAGGAGGAACCUGUGGGUGGAUUCACCGUGUGUGUCCAUCUGUCAGUAUUUCUCGCCAUUUCUGUCGGUGUCGCUGGCUAACCUCGCGGCCGAACUCAACACUGAUGUAGAAGGUCAGGCAGGCCAUUGGCAGAGAGACGUGGGUAUCGUCAUGCAUGGCUCCUUUCUAUGCGCCCGUGCGUGUGGUUUGUAGGCAUCGAGACAGAGGCGGCCAACCUGAUCGCAGAGAAGAAGAUCUCAGCCAAAAUCGACUCACACAAGAAGGUAUCCCUCCCUCUCUCCACCCACCCACCCACCCACCCACACGGACAGAUCCCAUUCCACACCUCACCGCCCUCUCUCUCCCUCUGUCUGUCUGUCUGUCUGUGUGCAGGUGUUGCUGCAGCGUGACACGGACCUGCGCCGGUCGACUUACAAAGACGCCAUGCGGCUGGGGCAGGAGUUCUUCGAGUCCACUCAGCAGCUGCUGCUCAGGCAAGGACUCACUUUCUGUCGGUGCCAUGCGUGUAGGAGCCAUGGGUGGAUCGAUUGACGGGGGCCUGGCCCUUCUCUCUCUCUCUCGUCUCUCUCUCUCGUGUGUGUGUGUGUGUGUGUGUGUGUGUGGUCUGCAGAAUGAAUCUGGUCAAGUACGACAUGGCCGUCAAGCCCUCGCGCAAGUGAAUCAACGACGACCAUGGACUGGAUGGACACGUGUUAGCGUGCUACAGCGAAAGAGGGCGAAAGAAACGACGGCGGACGGCGGAUGGCUGGAUGCCAUCAUGUGUGUAUUUGUAGCUCUCUCGGUCUGCAUGGCCAUGCAGGUGUCGUUGAUGGAGUGCGCGUGUGUGUCUCUCAACUGACAGCGAUGCCAUCCAUACCACGGCUUUCGCAUCCACACCAUAAACACACAGCGCGAACAAACGACAAACCGUAAUGCUUGCAGCCCAUCGAUAGUAGAG